GUCAGACUAUUAUCUUAGGUUAUGUUAAAUUAUAAUCGCGUACUUUAUCAUAGAUGAUGGAUGUCUGACCAGUGGCCUAACGGUCGAUGGUUGUGCCCAAAAUUCGCAUCAAAAGCUUGGAUGCUAAGUAUUCACUACUUACUGGACUCAAGUUACAUGUGAUCGAUCGUUCCAAACAGAAAGGAAAUGGUUUCCAACGCUGCAUUGCACCUGAGGACCAAACAAAGUCAGGGUUUUGUUCGAUCGGAUUCCCUCCAUUCAAAUCACUUCCAAAUUCCGUUACCCUUUGCAUUUCCACUCUCCAACCAAAACGCCUCCAAUAGUCAUCUGUCCAUCAGUGUCACUGAUCAGGCAGCCAAUCCACACGAUGCACCACCAAUUAAUACGCCAGCCCUGCACCAUUUUAUGACCAGGAAUUAAUGGGACCUGGAAACUGGAAGCAACAUGAGACUGACUGUUUUAAGUUCUAAGGCCCUGAAUGGAUCAUUCAGUCCCUAGACUAAAAUUAGUCUCUAGACUAAAAACUUUAGUCCCCUACUGUUUAGAUACAGGAACUAAAGACAUGUGGACCGAGACAGAGAAGAGAGAGGCUAUCACUUUAGUUCUUAUAAGUACCUCCAAGAGAAACUAAUGAAUUAUAGUCCCAAUAUACACUUUUAGUCUUUUUUUUUUGUCACAUCUGUUUAAAUUCUUAGGGACUAAAAGGGACUAAUGAAUUAGUCCCAUGAACCAAACAGAGCAUGACACACCAGGUUCUCGUUCGUGCCGUUGCCGCUACAGCACUGCUAGCUCGCAAUAACGCUGAAGUUCAGUUCAAGAUUCUGUGGUAACUUAAACUUGUUGAUUUUUUUUCUUUUUGUCUGGACCAUCAGGAUCUUUGCAUCACUAUACCCAGGGUCAUUUUCCCAGUCAAAGCCACUGUAAUUCCACACAAAGUCUCCAUGCCGUGGAUAUUUUGCAAAGCAUAACAAAAGAUCUUAUUACAUCACUGUCCAGAUAUGUUAUCACUGUUACCAUUUUGCCCUCCAACAUUAUGCAAGCGUAUCCUUUGUUAACUUAUUAUCCCCUAUGGGCCUCAUUAACCUACUAUAAAAUGCAAGAAGAAGUGAAGAGCAGUGAUCACCUAUCCUACAGUUUCACUAUGUCUCUCCUCAUUUUCAUAGUACUAUUGUUCUCCCUAUGCAUCCCAGCAAGUUCUGCCACGACGGACACCAUCUCAGCUGGCCAAACGUUGGCCAAAGAUGACAAGCUCGUCUCGAAAAAUGGCAGGUAUGCAUUUGGCUUCUUCAAGACAGAUACAAAAGCGUCUGGAAAAACUAACAAGUGGUACUUAGGAAUAUGGUUCAAUCAGGUUCCCACGCUAACUCCUGCAUGGGUUGCAAAUAGGGAUAAGCCAAUUGAUGAUCCCACAUUAUUGGAGCUAACGAUCUUUCGUGAUGGAAAUCUCGCCAUCUUAAACCGCUCAACUAAUGCCAUCCUUUGGUCUACCCGAGCUAACAUCACAACAAAUAACACCAUCGUUAUUCUCUUGAGUAGUGGAAAUCUCAUCCUAACAAACCCCUCAAACUCUUCAGAAGUUUUCUAGGAGAGCUUUGACUACCCCACAGAUACAUUUUUCCCCGGGGCAAAGCUUGGAUGGAACAAGAUCACUGGCCUAAACCGUCGUAUUAUUUCUAAGAAAAACUUAGUAGACCCAGCUACUGGUAUGUAUUGCGAAGAGUUAGACCCUACUGGUGUUAAUCAGGUCUUUCUUGCACUAGUGAAUUCCUCCACGCCAUAUUGGUCUAGUGGAGCAUGGAAUGGCGAGUACUUAUCCUCAAUCCCAAAGAUGGCAAGCCAUAAUUUUUUCAUUCCAUCAUUUGUGAACAAUGACCAAGAGAAGUACUUUACAUAUAAUUUGGCAAAUGAAAAUAUUGUUAGCCGUCAAAUAUUGGAUGUCGGAGGUCAAUCAAAGACGUUUCUUUGGCUUGAGGGAUCAAAAGAUUGGGUAAUGGUCAAUGCCCAACCUAAAGCUCAAUGUGAUGUCUAUUCAAUUUGUGGGCCUUUCACAGUUUGCACCGAUAACGAGCUUCCAAAUUGCAAUUGUAUAAAGGGCUUCACCAUAACAUCGCUCGAGGAUUGGGUACUGGAAGAUCGAACAGGUGGAUGCUCAAGAAAUACUCCAAUAGACUGCAUCAGCAACAAAACCAUAACCCGCUCAUCAGAUAAGUUCUAUUCUAUGCCUUGUGUUAGAUUGCCCCCAAACGCCCAGAAUGUAGGAAGUGUUGACAGUUCAAGUGAGUGUGCACAAGUUUGCUUGAAUAAUUGCUCCUGCACUGCUUACUCCUUCAGCAAUGGUGGAUGCUCUGUUUGGCACAAUGAAUUGCUUAACAUAAGAAAAAAUCAAUGUACUGGCAGUAGCAAUACAGAUGGAGAAACCUUUCACAUUCGUCUUGCUGCACAAGAAUUGUAUAGUCAAGAGGUAAAUAAAAGAGGAAUGGUUAUUGGUGUUCUUUCUGCAUGUUUUGCUUUAUUUGGUUUGCUGCUAGUUAUCCUACUACUCGUGAAAUGGAGGAAUAAAACAAAGCUAUCAGGUGGCACAAGGAAGGAUUAUCAGUUCUGCAAUGGGAUCAUUCCAUUUGGAUACAUUGAUUUGCAACGUGCAACUAACAAUUUCACAGAGAAGCUUGGGGGAGGUAGCUUUGGUUCCGUAUUCAAAGGGUUUCUAAGUGAUUACACAAUUGUAGCAGUGAAAAGGCUUGACCAUGCAUGCCAAGGAGAGAAGCAAUUUAGGGCCGAAGUGAGCUCAAUUGGAAUCAUCCAACACAUCAAUUUAGUUAAACUAAUUGGUUUCUGUUGUGAGGGUGGCAGGAGGUUGCUUGUUUAUGAACACAUGCCAAAUCGUUCUCUUGAUCACCAACUAUUUCAGACUAAUACUACACUUACCUGGAAUAUUAGGUAUGAAAUAGCCAUCGGAAUUGCUAGAGGAUUGGCCUACUUACAUGAAAAUUGUCAAGACUGUAUCAUACACUGUGAUAUUAAACCAGAGAACAUCCUUCUCGAUCAUUCAUUCAGUCCAAAAAUUGCAGAUUUUGGGAUGGCAAAGCUUUUGGGAAGGGAUUUUAGCCGAGUUUUAACUACAACGAGAGGAACUGCGGGUUACCUUGCACCUGAAUGGAUUAGUGGUGUUCCUAUUACAACAAAAGUCGAUGUUUACAGCUAUGGGAUGGUGUUGCUAGAAAUAAUAUCAGGAAAGAGGAACUCAUAUGCCUCAUGUCCUUGUGGUGGUGACCAUGACGUUUAUUUCCCGGUGCUUGUGGCGUGUAAGCUUCUUGACGGAGAUAUGGGUGGUUUGGUUGAUUACAAAUUACAUGGUGGCAUCGACAAGAAGGAAGUUGAAAAGGCUUUCAAGGUUGCAUGUUGGUGCAUUCAAGACGAUGAGUUUAGUCGACCAACAAUGGGAGGAGUGGUUCAAAUUCUCGAGGGCCUAGUUGAAGUCGACAUGCCUCCAAUGCCAAGGCGACUUCAAGCAAUAGCUGGAAGCUCAAAUUCAACAUGCUCCCUGUAUUCUCUUCCAGCAAAUAUUUAAGUUCGAGAAUCCUUGUAAAUUAAAAGGAACUUUGUAAUUCCUGACAUCUUUCUUCUUUUUAAGUUGUCUUGUUAACAUAGUAAUUUUUUUACA